AUGCGUACGCAGGACAGUGCCCAAGCUGAUGUGCAUUUGCAGAGGGUCCUGCGGGACAUCAUCGUGCCUUUGGCCGAGAACCUCUCCACUUACGGCGGAAGCGACCGGGAGUGCCUGAUUGAGAGCGUCAAUCAAGGAUGGACACUCUCCCCGUUCAUCACUGUCGAACUAUUUCGGCUUGUCGAAUGCGAGGAGGAAGUCAAUUGCGAGAACCCCGAUUUGAUCGUCCAUGGGUCACUUGCCGUCUCAGUCCGAUUUGAAGUCACUCUGCUUCCCGAAGCUGGCCUGCCCCCCGAGUUUGAGGCGGCCACUAAGCAGGACGAGGAACAGGGCAAUUCAAGCGAACGAAUGCCAACUCCCCAGGCGCUCCCUUCACGGCCUCGGCCUCAGCAGAGAAGACGAGGUGGUCUCAGCGCUGGGAUUCACGCAACUCUGCAGACAACGCUUACCUCUCACGAUGUCAACGCCAAACCGCUCGCUGCCCGGCUGGGUGAACCCGAGCGCCCUUCGUUGUUGAGUGGGUCCGCAGCCGCGCCCCAGUCACCUCCACCAGCUGGCUCGAGCCACCCCGGACACGAGGCAAUUCGGUCUAUCCUGUUCACCGAUCAUGAGCAGUUCCAAGCUCUAUCGCCCGAGAUUCAGCAGAAGGUCUUGGCGGCAUUCCCGUGGCUCGUGCUCUCUGAGGAAACACAGGGAAGACUCAAUCUGAAGCGACGCGCAAAGCAGGCCGAAGUUCACGCAAGGCAAGCCGAGACUAACUGGUUGGCCACGGCCAUACGUUCAAUGGAGGAUGGCGACAGGGAUGCUAUUGAAUUCCUGCAGAGCGUUUUGCUGAGUGAUGACGAUGAGCGCGACUGGCUUGCCCUGGGGUUAGACACCAACUGA